UUCAGUUUUAAUUGCGGCUCGGAGCAGUAAACAUUAGUAAAGUUGUGAUAAUGGUAUCGAAAGAUAUUUCCGCUGAGAAUGCUGGUCCGAAAGUGGGCGUGCGACAUUUGCAAAGUAUGCUGAUAUUUUUUGGUUUGUGUGUGUCGUUUAUGCAACGCGUCAAUCUCUCAGUGGCUAUUGUGGCAAUGAUGGAUCGGAAUUCAACUAAUCCAGAUUUUCCGGAGUAUGAGUGGUCAGAGCGAACAAAGUCACUGCUACUGAGCAGCUUCUUCUGGGGCUACUUCCUUACGCAGAUACCAGGCGGUCAGCUGGCGCAGCGUUUCGGCGGUAAAACAAUGUUGCUCUUCAGUGUCGGCAUUUCAGCAUUUCUCGCGUUGUUCACGCCCUACAGCGCUCAACUGGGCGGUUGGCAAUUCAUAUGCGCCUUACGAUUUCUGCAAGGCUUUUGCCAAGGUUCCAUUUACCCAUCAACGCACACUAUUUUAGCCCGAUGGGCGCCACCAGCUGAACGCGGUAUACUUGCAACACUCUGCUUUUCCGGCUCGCAAUUCGGCACGAUCAUCAUAUUGAGUAUUAGUGGCACAUUAGCGGCUUCAAAGUAUGGGUGGCCGAGCAUUUUCUAUAUUUCCGGCAGUUGUGGUAUUAUCUGGUCGUUUGUGUGGCUAUUGUGGGGCGCUGAUUCACCGCAUCAAUCCAAAUUAAUAASACCAAAGGARCRAWAUUACAUCGAAUCAGCAAUAGAAGCGAUUUCCAAGAGUGAGAAUAAUACCAAUUCAGCAAAGUUGCCCACCCCUUGGUUGAGCAUUUUCACAUCCUUGCCAUUUUGGGUGCUACUCAUCGCAAAUUGUGCCUACAAUUGGGGCUAUUGGACACUGAUGACACAAAUACCCUCGUAUAUAAAGAACGUGUUCGACAARGAUAUCAAGAGUAAUGCUCUACUCUCCGCCUUACCAUAUGUCGCUAGUCUUGUACUCGGUCUGUGUUUCUGUGCGCUUGCUCAGCUACUGCUUUCAGCAAACGUAUUGAGCACGAAUGCUAGUCGUAAGAUCUUCAACACGAUCGGCAUGUGGGUACCGGCAGCGGCCACAAUUGCGCUGGCGUUUGUUGACGCCAAUAGUGCUGAUUUGGCCGUUAUUCUACUCACUGUGGCUGUGGGCACCAACUCAGCAACAUUUUUGGGUGGAUUUGUGAAUCACAUUGACUUAUCGCCCAAUUUCGCCGGCACACUGAUGGGCCUUACAAACUGUGCGGCGAAUUGUAUGAGCAUUAUUGCACCRUUAGUUGUUGGCGUCAUUGUGACAGACACGACAAACCCAAAUCAGUGGCGCCUUAUAUUCUACGUUAUGGCAUUUUACUAUUUCAUGGGCAAUUUACUUUUUAUAUCUUUGGGUAGCACUAAACUGCAGCCGUGGAACGAGCCGGUGAAACGAGACACAGAUCAUGAGCGUAUCAAAUUUCAAAUGGUAGUAGAUGACCAGGAGAAUAAAUUAUCAAAACUUGAAUUUAGUUAGAUGAACUACAAUAUUCAGAAUGAUGAAUGGAUCUUCAUUGCAUUCAGCAAACAAGCGGAGAUGGAGUAUAAUGCUAAUUUGGAAUGUUCUAAAAAAAGUAUUAGAUAUAAGAAUAAAAAAUUUGUUAAAUUUCUUGCAGAGUGUAA